UCAAAAUGGCGGCCUCCAGGGUGAGGAAAAGAAAAAGCUGUCUGCUAAAGAUUGCAGAAUUUGUCUUGAUUUCAACCUAUAUUCUCACGUUUUACGGAAGCUGCUGUCAGCCAGACGAGUUAAAUCCAUCAAAGAUCCUCACGCAAGUACAGAAAACAUGUCUGGUAGUAUUUUUCUCUCAAAAUUCAUCUGAUAAGAACUCCGAAAUAAUUUCAAACUUGCAUGACAUUUUUCAAAAAGGAAAUCAUGAGAAAGAAGUGAAGGCAGGCAUUGUUAAUGGUGAUGUUGAUGAUUUAACAUGGCCGAAUGGUCAGUCAGUACAUUGGGUUGAUAAAGAGUCAAAAAUGUCCUUUGCAUCCACUGAUAAAAAUGGAGUUUUGACUCUCUUUCCAAAGUAUAAAAAAGACAGAACUUGCCUGAGUGUGGCGUCGAUGAGCGAAAACCCCAAAGCGGUGUUGUUCACAGGCUUUCUCAACAUAAAAACAGUUUUAGAGUGGGUGAACGAUAAGUGCAAUACAUUCAUAAACCUGAAUGGAGGACUGACGUAUGGAGGUUUGCACAGAGAAUCCAUUCACAAGAAUCUUUUCCAUGUAUCAAAAAUUUCAAAUUUCACCAUGUUGCAUUUUGAUCGCCACCGUCGGAAUCUUGUUUCAUCUCCAAGCCUUGAAAUUAUUAACAAUAUCUCAGAGAAUACUGGAGAACAAUUUUGUAGACGACCCAAGUGUGAGUCCAUAAUAUUUAGUGAUCAAUGCCAUCAAAGUAUGGAGGGAUGUUAUUGUGACAUUGCGCAGAGUGAUUGUCCAAAUGCCGAUCUUUUUGUUAACGACAAAACUGUGAGUGUGAAAUCUUGUGAUGUAAAAGACAACACUUGUUGUACAGAAUCCGUGUACAAUAAUAAACAGGACACUCAUCAGUUUUAUAUUGAUGAAAAGAAGAUCACACAAUGUGAAAGACUCACUACUGUUCCCACCAGAGGCGAGUUCUUUAACAAAUACCUGAAAGCCUCCAAACCUGUUAUCAUAGAGGGCGCUACAGCCCACUGGGAUGCGCUUCACAAAUGGACGAUGGAUUUCCUUCGUGAGCGUUACGGCAAUAAUGAGGUUCACAUCAAGCUAGCCCCGGAUGGACUCUUCGAAGGGGUUGAUGAUGUCACUAACUGGGAAGAACACGGAACUCUUGAGAUUCCGAAGAACAUUUUUGAGAAAUUACCGUUUCCUGACCUCGUCGUUGUGCGACCCGCGUCGAUAAACGUGAAGUUUUCUGAAUUCCUGGACAUGAUUGGAAACCAUAGCAACACUUCUACUUCAGAGAAGCAAAAGCCGAGAGCAUCUGCCUAUCUGGAGUAUUCCUCGAUCCCAAAUUAUCUCCCGGAGCUUGAACAGAAUGUGGAAGAGUUUCCUUUUGUCCAGGGUCUUUUGAAGCGGAGACAUCUAAACAUUUGGCUGAGUGACGGCAACACUUUAGGAAAGCUACACUUUGACCCGUUUGAUAAUUUUCUGUGUCAGAUCCGAGGAAGAAAACAGCUGAUUCUCUUUGAGCCACAUGACAACACCAAGAUGUACGAGGGCCACAUCCCCGAGGCAAUUUUAGGAUACGACCGACAUAGUGGUACAUUCCGACGCAAGAAACUCUUGGAGAGUACAGCAAUGGUCAUGGCCCCUGCUGACAUCCUGAACCCAGAUUUUGAGAGAUUUCCUGCAUUUGCAAAGACACAUCCUCUAAACUGUACCAUCAAUGAAGGAGACGUUUUGUUCAUGCCGGCUUUCUGGUGGCACGAAGUGCAGUCUUAUCCCAACGAGACUGAAAGACGAAAUCUGGCCGUCAAUUUCUGGUAUGAGCCCUUUUUGACCAAGGAAUUUCCAUGCGCCCACUGCAAGCUGGAUGUGAACCCACUCUAUAGACAUCUCUUAUGAUGAACUACUAAAGAGAGAUACAUGUAUCGCUCAACCACAAACCCACUGAAAACAGGAUGUGAACCCUUCACAGGUAUCAGUUUUGGUGUUCAAAUAUCCCACGCCCACCCAUAAGACUAGAGCCUUUGUACUCGAUGCAAGUUUAUUGUGAACGACACACAAGAAAUCUCUUGUCUAAGAGAGGUCCGGCAAGUUGGAUGCGAACCCUCUGGGCAAACAUCAGUUUUUAUGUUCAGGUGUCCUACCCAUAAGAUUCAAGUCUUUGUGCUCGCUGCAAGUUGGUUGUGAAGUAUACAAGAGACAUCUUUGUUCUUAAACUCACCACAAAAAUUUAUCCCCUGAAAACGGGUUGUGAACCCUGUGACAGAUAUCAGUUUGUUAGGUCGAGUGUCCCACCCAUAAGAUUAGAGUCUUUCUGCUCGCUGCAAGUUGGUUGUGAACUGUUGACAUAUCCUGUUCCUCAACCCUAAACAAAAAAUGUUACCAGUGAAAACUGGAAGUUUUAAUACUUAGCAUCUAACUGAUAAUGCUAGAAUCUUUAAAGGAACACGUUGCCUUGGAUCGGUCGAGUUGGUCUUUGAAAAGCGUUUGUAACCG